CCAUUUUUAUUUCACUGCCAAAGAUGGUGUCGGGAGUACACACGGGUCAGGAUUUGAGUGCAGCACUUGUAAAAACAUGUGCAGAGAUCGUGAACGAACUAGUUACGAGCAUAAAAGCCGGCAAGGAUGUCAACCUGAACGGAGUCAAGAGUCGCAUUGCUCGGAAGCAUAAACUGCACACUCAACCAAAGCUCGUCGAUAUUAUUGCGGCCAUCCCGGAACAAUAUAAGGCCAUGUUGCUUCCUAAAUUGCGGGCAAAGCCGGUCCGAACGGCGUCUGGGAUAGCAGUCGUUGCCGUCAUGUGCAAACCUCACAGAUGCCCCCAUAUAGCGAUGACGGGAAACAUUUGUGUGUAUUGCCCAGGUGGUCCGGAUUCGGAUUUUGAAUACUCAACCCAAUCAUAUACCGGAUACGAGCCAACGAGUAUGCGGGCGAUUCGAGCGAGGUAUAACCCAUACGAGCAGGCUCGGGGGCGAGUAGAUCAAUUGAAACAGUUGGGACACAGUGUGGAUAAGGUCGAAUAUAUCAUUAUGGGAGGAACAUUUAUGUCAUUGGCUGAGGACUAUCGAAAUUGGUUUAUCGCAAAUUUGCACGAUGCGUUGAGCGGAUACAGUAGCAGUGAUGUGGACGAGGCUGUCAGACUAUCAGAGCAAAGCGAAACCAAAUGUAUAGGUAUUACGAUCGAAACCAGACCGGACUACUGCCUGAAACCACAUCUCAGCCAAAUGCUGCGAUAUGGCUGUACGCGAUUAGAGAUUGGUGUGCAAAGUGUGUUUGAAGAUGUAGCACGAGAUACCAAUCGAGGUCACACAGUAAAAGCUGUCUGCGAGUCCUUUCAACUGGCAAAGGAUGCGGGUUACAAAGUUGUGGCUCAUAUGAUGCCAGAUCUGCCGAAUGUAGGGAUGGAGAGGGAUAUGGAGCAGUUUAAAGAGUACUUUGAGAACCCUGCCUUUCGGUCGGACGGUUUGAAGCUGUAUCCGACCUUGGUGAUCCGUGGAACCGGGCUUUAUGAGCUGUGGCGAACGGGUCGGUACAAGAACUACUCUCCCGAGGCUCUUGUGGAUUUGGUAGCAAGAAUUUUGGCUUUGGUUCCACCAUGGACCCGUGUAUAUCGUGUGCAGCGAGACAUACCUAUGCCGCUGGUUACUUCGGGUGUAGAACACGGGAACUUGCGUGAACUAGCUCUGAACCGCAUGAAGGAUUUGGGUACUGAAUGCCGAGAUGUGCGUACCAGAGAAGUUGGAAUCCAAGAUAUCCACAAUAAAGUCCAGCCGGACCAAGUAGAGCUUGUCCGCCGAGACUAUGUUGCGAAUGGCGGUUGGGAAACAUUCCUGUCAUACGAAGAUCCCCAUCAAGACAUUCUCGUUGGUCUAUUGCGACUGCGUAAAUGCAGUGAUGCAGUAUUCCGCCCUGAGUUAAAGGAUGCGGGGCAGUGUUCGAUUGUUCGUGAACUGCAUGUGUACGGAAGUGUCGUCCCAAUACAUAACCGGGACCCCACCAAGUUCCAGCAUCAAGGAUUUGGAACACUCCUAAUGGAAGAGGCAGAGCGAAUUGCUAGAGAUGAACACGGUAGUGUAAAGUUGGCCGUUAUUUCUGGUGUGGGCACGCGACACUACUAUCGAAAAUUGGGUUAUGAGCUUGAUGGACCCUAUAUGUCCAAGAUGUUGGUGUAGAUAGAUUUUUCGACUGCUAUUUUCAGGUUGUCCUGCAUGUAUAUUAAUUCAAACAUCACGCCGCGAAAGCUUGGCAAGGGUAUUUAAUUGGCUUUUCAAAGCCUUGAAUGAAGUAGGCUUUCUAGCAGGUGUGCAAUGUCUGCGCGUGGAA